CCUCUGUUCCCUCUCUCUCUCUCUCUCUCUCUCUCUCUCUCUCCUCCACCACCAUUCUCUCUCUCUCGAUGGCUCCAUUCUUGGAAUCCCAGCAGAUGAAGGUAAACGGUGAAACAGAGAAAUGUAGAGUAACAGUUGUUGGAAGUGGGAAUUGGGGAAGUGUCGCCGCCAAGCUCAUUGCCUCCAACACCCUUAAACUCUCCUCCUUCCAUGAUGAAGUGAGGAUGUGGGUAUUCGAGGAGGUAUUGCCAAGUGGUGAGAAACUUUCUGAGGCCAUCAACAAAAACAAUGAGAAUGUUAAAUAUCUUCCUGGUAUAAAACUUGGCACAAAUGUUGUUGCUGACCCAGACCUUGAACAUGCAGUUCAGGAUGCAAACAUGUUGGUUUUUGUGACUCCACAUCAAUUCAUGGAGGGUAUAUGUAGAAGGCUUGUGGGGAUGAUAAGGGAAGAUGCACAAGCUAUUUCCCUCAUUAAAGGGAUGGAGGUCAAGAUGGAAGGUCCAUGCAUGAUCUCUUCUCUCAUAACUGAACAGCUCGGUAUUAAUUGUUGUGUUCUAAUGGGAGCAAAUAUUGCUAAUGAGAUUGCAGUGGAGAAGUUCAGUGAAGCGACGGUUGGAUACAGAGAGAUCAGAGAUAUCGCAGAGAAAUGGGUUCAGCUAUUCAGUACACCUUAUUUCAUGGUCUCAGCUGUUCAAGAUGUGGAAGGAGUUGAACUAUGCGGGACUCUGAAAAAUGUUGUGGCAAUAGCAGCAGGUAUCGUGGACGGGUUGGAAAUGGGAAAUAACACAAAGGCUGCAAUAAUGAGAAUUGGUUUGAGAGAAAUGAAGGCCUUUUCAAAGCUUCUGUUCUCGUCUGUCAAGGAUAGCACCUUCUUUGAAAGUUGUGGUGUGGCCGAUCUCAUAACAACUUGCUUAGGGGGAAGAAACAGGAAAUGUGCGGAAGCUUUUGCUAGGAAUGGCGGGAAAAGGUCCUUUGAUGAGCUUGAAGCAGAGAUGCUGCAGGGCCAGAAACUACAGGGUGUUUCAACAGCUAAAGAGGUUUACGAGGUUUUAAGCCAUCGGGGAUGGCUAGAGUUGUUCCCGCUAUUUACAAUAGUGCAUGAGAUAUCCAUUGGUCGUCGUCCACCAUCAGCCAUUGUUGAAUUCAGCGAGCUCAAGCCCAAAUUCUCCAUCUUGGAAAGCGCUGCCCAAUUUUACUGAUUCUUCCAUGGAUCAAGUAACAUUCACUACCUUUUUGUUUCAAUCUCAAAAAAGUUGUUUAAUUUUAUUCAUCAUCGUUGCAACAAAACAUGAAUUCUAAGGCUAGAUGGAACUUCGUCUUGUUAACUUAUAUGUACCAUUCGCUGUGAUUGCACCAUGAUUCAGAGGCUCAAAAUGUGUCACAAUGUAGCAUUUUUGUAAGCUUCAAUCUUGUGUCUUUUGUUUAUGUAAAUUUCGGUACCAAACAAGUAUCGUCAUUUCCUA